GCAAAUGGCCGAACGCUAUUUGCUAACUUCACAGGGUCGAUAAUAUUGCUUGUCAUAUGUCACGUUCACAGCGCAGCACGGGUCUACGGAAAAGGAACUAAUCCGCGAUCUAUUGCGACAAUAUGAGUAUGAGGGCCGCAUGGGUAGGCCUGUGGUCUAUUCCACGGACAUGCUCAUGGUCAACUUCAGCCUGUCACUGAUACAGAUUCUGGACGUGGACGAGAAAAACCAGGUUCUUAAAACCAAUGUAUGGUUUCACUACAAAUGGAGAGAUCUGCUCCUACAGUGGAGUCCUGCUCUACACGACAACAUCUCCAGUAUCCGAGUACCAUCCAACAAAAUUUGGUUACCUGACAUUCUCUUAUACAACUUUGCUGAUGACCGCUUGUCAGAACAGCGGGAGGCUUUGGUGGUUGUAGAGCACACUGGUCAUCUUCUGUGGAUGCCCCAAGCCAUACUAAACAGCUCGUGUUCCUUUGACACGUUGUUUUUUCCUUUUGACGUACAAACGUGUCACCUUAAAUUUGGAUCGUGGACUUACGACGGGGAUAUGCUCAACAUUGAUUUUAUUGGUGCUGUCCACAAGAUGGACAUGGCUGACUUCAUGCCGUCCAAUGAGUGGGAUGUCAUUAGGAAUGUCGGUAUUCGCCACGUCAAGUACUAUACAUGCUGCCCAGAGCCAUAUCUUGAUAUGACAUUCACGCUUGUGCUAAAGAGGAAGAUUGCCUUUUACACGUUCAUUUUGAUACUACCUUGCAGUCUGCUAUCACUACUCACGAUGGUCACUUUUUGGGUUCCUCCAGAAUCUCCGGCGAAACUCCAGUUAGGUAUGAAUAUAUUCCUUGCCUUUUUCGUCUUGCUGCUUCUGUUAGCAGAUUAUACUCCUCGGGCAUCGACUUCUAUACCGUUAAUAGGUGAGUAG